GCGCAAUAAAGUCAAUUGUUCGUAUUGCUUACCUGUGAAUUUUAAAUACAUUGAAACAUUCACUCACGACAGCAUAAAUAUGUAGCAAUAUUGCCUCAAAAUUUCAAGGCAAUAAAUGAAAGCGCUACCGAAAGCCUUGGCGAAUUCCCUGGGGUUCGGACGAUAUUUACUGAUGGACACGUUUCCGUUAUAGGAUAUUAAUGCAGCAUGAAGAAGGAGCAAGUUGUCAACUGUCAGUUUUCGGUUUGGUAUCCGAUAUUCAGGAUACAUACGAUAAAAAGUGUCAUUCUCCCACUGCCUCAGAAUGUAAUAGAUUAUUUACUAGACGAUGGGACACUAGUCGUCUCUGGGAGUGACCAUAACACACAGCAGACACACACUAACAACAGCAACUCAGAUGCUGAAGAAGACAUUCAGUGGUCAGAUGAUGAGGCAACCGCCACUGUCACUGUGAGUUUGGCUCCUGAGUUCCCGGAGUUCACCUCUAAAGUGCUGGAGGCCAUAAACGCCCUGGGUGGGCAUGUCUUUCCCAAACUCAACUGGAGCGCUCCACGGGACGCUAACUGGAUUGCUCUGAACAGUUCCCUGCAGUGUCACAGUCUCAGUGAUAUAUUUCUGCUCUUCAAAAGUUCCGACUUUAUCACCCACGACCUCACGCAGCCAUUCCUUCAAUGUACUGACCAGGACUCCCCAGAUCCAGUUAUAACCUAUGAGCUGGUCCUAAGGAAGUGGAGUGAGCUGAUUCCUGGUGGAGAGUUUCGCUGCUUCGUCAAAGAAAACAAACUGAUUGCUAUCUCCCAGAGAGACUACACUCAGUUUUACCAACACAUUUUGAUGCAGGAUGGCCAGAUCUGUCAGGCCAUACAGGAUUUCUUCAGCCAGCACAUCCAGUACAACUUCCUGGAUGAAGACUUUGUCUUUGAUAUCUACAGAGAUAGCCAGGGGAGGGUGUGGCUGAUCGACUUGAACCCGUUUGGUGAGGUGACAGACUCGCUGCUAUUCAGCUGGGAGGAGCUGACAUCUGGUGGAGAAAUCACCCAGCACCAGGAAAGCCCGGCAUUCCGCUACACCAAAAGCGAGGUGACAGUCCAGCCCAGUCCCUGUCUGAGCUACAGAAUCCCACGGGACUUUGUGGACCUCUCCACCGGAGAAGACGCUUACAAACUGAUUGACUUCCUUAAACUGAGGAAAAGCCAACAGGAAGAGUCUGAUGAAGAGGACGAGGAUGACAUGCCACAGAGACACGGUUCCUCAGAAACCUGAGGAAUAGCUUUGAAUAAUGUUUUCUGCAUGAAGUGACUUCUGACCUGUUUGAGCAUUUUUUUUUUGGUUUGUUUUUAAGCUUGUUUUGUCUCACAUUUUCUUGUUAGCAGUACAUGUUGUACCUGAGACUUCUUAAAUAAUUCUCUCUUUACUCUAAUGGAACAUGUUGGUGGAUCCUGUUGAUGGCUCUCUGAAGACUGAAUUUCUGUUGACUUCUUCUCUGCCUCCAACACUCCUGAGCACUGUCUUGCAGAUCGUAAUGGCUCAAUGAAACCUGGGAGGUAGGCCUCUGCAGUCAGUUGCUUGGUUAUUUCUCAGUUUUGGUUAAAUCCUAAAUUUGAUGUGUUGACUAACACUGUACAGAAUUCCAGUUUUUAUACUUUAAAAAAGGGGUGUAUAUUCAUUUCAGCCCAAAUAUUGUCUCUGGGUUUACCAUGAAUUAGUCCACAUAUCUUUCAAGGUACCUUUGGGUUUGUGUGUUAUGAGGCUGUAACAUAUUGAGCACUGAAGUCAUUCAUCACAGAGUCACCUUUAUCUCUCCAGCAUCCCUACUGCUCCAUUACCACCCUGCCAAUUUCUUCUGAGCAGUAAUGACACUGCCAUUGCUCCAGGUCGCUCUGGGUGCUCUUUUACAAAUCAUGUUUUCCCAUCAUGCAUUGCUGUAAACUGUUGGUCCAAAAACACCAUUAAACUUCUUGUCAUGUAUUGA